CACCCCCCACAAUGCAUUGCGCGUCCAACAUGGCGGCCCCCAUAACCGUCUGACAUCUGCGGAACAAGACAACAACAACUGAGAGGAAGGUGAAAAGUAUCGUGCGGCGAGUUGAUAACAGUUCAGACCGGAGGAUGAAGCUGUUGCUGUCGGUGCUGUCGCGUCUCCACAAACCUCCCGCUCUCACCGGCGCUCGGCUCGGCUCCGGGGCCCGCGGCGGCCCGGUAGCUGCCGGGGACGAGGCUCUGAUCCGGGGCUCCAGCCCGGAGCUGCUGCGGGCUCUCGGCUCGCAGGUGGAGGUGAGGACGGCCUUCAUCACCGAGGCGGAGGAGGGGGCUCUGCUGGGGGAGCUGGAGCCCGGACUCCGGAAGAAACGAUACGAGUUCAGCCACUGGGACGAUGCUAUUCACGGCUACCGGGAGACUGAGCGCGUGAGGUGGGGGGAAGCGUGCGAGGAGGUCUUGAGUCGUGUCCGGUCCGUUGCGUUUCCGGAGGGCUGUUCGCUCCUCGGGCCCGUGCACGUUCUGGAUCUGGACAAGACUGGCUACAUCAAGCCGCACAUCGACAGCGUCAAGUUUUGUGGCAGCACCAUUGCUGGGUUGAGUCUUCUGUCGGACAGUAUCAUGCGUUUGGUGAGGGAGGAUGCCAAGAACCAUUGGCUGGACCUUCUGUUGCCCCGACGCUCACUCUAUAUACUGAGGGACCAGGCCCGAUAUAGCUUCACUCAUGAGAUCCUGAAAGAUGAAGAGUCUGUGUUCAGUGGAGAGAGAGUUCCUCGGCAGCGUCGCAUCUCUGUCAUCUGUCGAAACCUUCCAGACUGACGCCCACACUGACUCGACUUGGACAUUCAUAACGGAGCAUAACUUGAAUUUAAAGGAACUGUGUCACUGGUCUCCAUCUUUGAAGAAAUAACUAAAAGUCCUGUUCUAAAGUUUGCUCUAGAGUGAAGUGUUUAUUUUGAUAUAUAUACUGAGCUAACACAGAGAGUGGCUCUGAAGAGGUAAGUCACACACAGGGGGCUUAAAAUCUGACUUUGUCUACAGAUUUUGAUCUUUAAUAAUACAAUUUAACAUGCACGUGAAUGACAGCAUACUUAAGAGAUGAUAUUUUGAUAAUUUAAUCAAUAUUAACUUCAUUUAAAAAUUUCGAAUUUCGAAUUUCCUUUUUUGGCCCCAAUGAUUCUUUGCAUUUUGAAUAUUAAGUAUGGUUGAACACAUCUGUUGAAAAUAUGAACUAACUAAGCAAACCAUUAUCCUAUGAUAAAGAAUCACAUAAAAGAUCCAUAAGGAUACAUCUAAGUAUUUAAUUUUUAUUUAAUUUAUUCAGUCAUUAACUUAUCCUCGGAGGCUACUUUAUAUAAUCUAAAGGGGGAUCUGACCUUUCUUGUGUCAUCUUUCCCUCCAGUUGGUUUAAAUCCCAAAAUACAAUGGGAAAUUGAUAUGGGUACACCCAUGACUGCAACACAAUGGGAGGCCUUUCUUACAAAUGCUCCGGAAAUAUCAAAUAGUUUUAGGUGCAAGAUCAUGCACACAAAUACGUAUUGUCUCAAUUAUACUUUGCACAUUGAAGGUGAAUGAUUUUCCAAUUGAAUUGUGCUGGCAUGGUUUUUUUAAGUGAGGUUAAAUGUGCAUUUGUUGUUGUUUACUGUCCUGUUCUAUAAACAGCUUUGGUUGGAAAUCACUGAAAACUUGUUAUAUAUGAAAAUGUAACUUUUUAAUUUAUUUCUGGAAUUUUAUUUGACAGUUAGGGAUGACGUGCAGCAGCUUUUUAAAAAAAUAUAUUUUUUGCUGUUCAGUACCACUCUCUGUUGAAAACACUUUAGCAUACUGUGUUCAACAUAAUUUGAAUACACCAAGGCCUAACAGUCCAAUCAAGAUUCACCAAAUUGUACACACUCAUAGAUGUUAUGGAUUUUUUUUUUAGAGACACUGUGUUCUCUCCCCUCUCUGAGGCAGAGUGCAUGUGGAUGUUGUGUCUGGGGAAGUGUGAGAGCUUGGGCAAGAUCCAAGGCUUCACUCCCUAGACGCCACAGAUAUGAGACGGUGUGAGCAGGAAAUACUGUCUCCAGAAUUAGAAAACACAUUGGAUUGUUUAGGAACUAGCAGACCCAUAGACUAAAUGAUCUGCAGGGGUUUAAAGUGUGACUGCAGUAAAGCAGACUUCAGAAUAUGAGAGGACAUCCUGCACAGUUGUUGUAUUGAUGGAUUCAGAUUUUCUCCUUGGCCAAGCUCCAAUAAAUAUUUCAGCAUGAGACAUCAAA